GAUACGCAUGUCUUUAGUACGAGAGUAAUAUCCAUGUACAGUUUUAAUGGGAUAAAAUGAAAAAAUAAAAACAUUCGCCAAAAGCAAUUUGGAUGUGCCGUGUCAAUUCAAUUACUAACGCCGAGCGCUUCAGUACCUCGUUGAAGAUUAGGGCAAUGAAAAAGUAUUGCAGGAAAAAACCUAGCAAGCAUUUAAUAGACAGAUGAAUUCAGCCAAGAGGAUUCCACUGUGUGAAGCGACCGAGACGCGUCCGGCCGUCACUGUCACUGACAUGGACACCGUGCAAGAGGAAAAUGACAAUGACAGUGAUGAAUCUUCAUACUCCGACUUGGGACACCUUAGGGAGCGCACCCAGGCAAUGCUAAGUCCAGUUCAAGAACCGCUUCUUCAGAAUUCAAACUCGUUACCGAACAGUCGACGUGUCUCGCAUGAUAUAGAUUCCAAACUGGCUGCCAACCUUAACACAAGGCGACCCUCGGCGAUAAUCGCAGCAUUUCGGCGACCAUCCCAAGCGCUUGCACUAUGCGCUGCUACUCAAAGACGUUUCCUAUCCGAGCUGUCGCCGAAUUCGCGAACAUCUAUGGCUUCGACCCACGAGCAUCCAGCGUCUGCCACGGAAAUCAUGGGCCACGAAGCCUUGAGCAAAGCAUUAUCUGCUCUAUAUGCAAAGCUUUUGGUAGUACUUGGGUUGGCAUUUCCUGUAACUGAAGUUAUUGCCAAUGGUGUACCAGAUGCUUAUUAUCAGGGAUUUUACAUGUAUCUUUACUUAGUAUCACUCAUAUUUGUGAUAUUUCAAUAUGCGAAUUUAAUGAGAGAAAAAGCAUUCAACAUGAUAAUUAAUAACCGAGAUGUAAUAGUCAAAGAAGAUAAGAACGGUACUGGUAGAGCUACACCUACUGAAAGGUUGAAAGAAAAGGAAACAAUAUCUCGUUAUGGAAGUUUUUAUUUAAGACUCGGUGCUAUAGCUUUUGGCAUCGGAUCAAUGGUAUACAGUGGGUUGGAGUUCGGAGAAUAUUUUGAAAUGUCUGAUCGCUGUCGUUCAGUUCUUUCUGCGCUCACUCCAGCGUUACGUAUGACACUAACACUAGCUCAAAUGCAGUUCAUAUUUCUUACAAACAAGGACAUUGAAAUGGGCAGUUACAAAAUGAUACAAAGAUUUGGAUUUAUGCACAUGAUCGCAACAAAUCUGUGCGAGUGGCUGUACGUUCUCGUUGAAGAAACAAAACAUGAAAUUCAUCAUCUUGAACAUUCAAUGUUCGCGAAGUCUAAUACUGGUCAUAAUAGUACUAAUGACAUGCCAUGUCGACGAUCAAAUAUUAUGGGCACACUUGUACAAAAUGCAUCUCCAUUCCUGUUCCCAUGUACUAUUGAAUAUUCCCUAAUCUGUGCUGUUAUUUUGUAUGAGAUGUGGAAAGAGGUGAAAUGUACACCUGCAGAUUUCGAAAAGAAAUUUCUGUAUCCAAAAAACAAAUCACGUAAUAAUUCAGUUACACCAGAGAAAAUUUUACAACAAUUUGCUGGCAUGCUGGGUGUAAGCUCUCCUCAUGGUAGCCGAACAGCACUGCAUCAUUUUUCAGUGGAUUGUUCACAUGCCCACAGAGGUCUAUUUGCUGGAAUACUUCUUAUUGUUUUGACCAUUAUAUCAUUAAUCAUGUUCUUCGUACUAGCAAACAAUCCUAUCACAGUCAAUGACGCAAUAUUCGAAGUUAACAUAUGCGAGUUAAUAUUGUACACGUUAAGCAUAUUAGCAUCUGCAACUGCAUUAAAACAAAUGAGAGUACUUCCCUACAAAAGGAAAACUCAAGCUGUUUUAGUAUUAGAUACAUCUUUAUUAAUUCUUGCGCAAUCUGGCAUGUUCGUGUACUGCAUGUUCAGCCUUAUUGGGUGUCACCACACGGUCAAUAACAGCAAUGGUUCCGGUCUCACAGGUUUUUUCUCUGAAUUUUUAUCUUUGAAUCAGACAAUUUUACAGUCUUUAUUUAUAAUUGACGCAUGGUGGCGUAGAAGUAGUAAUUCUGAGCAAAGAAGGAAGAAACCAGGCAGACAGCUGGUGACUUUUCUUCUUGUGGCAAAUAUGGCUAUGUGGGCAAUUAAUACGCUUGAAAAGAAUCGUGCCGAAUUCCGACCAGCUCAUCUUGCAUUCUACGGACCUUGGGCGUGGACAAUCAUCACCCAUGUGUCCAUGCCGCUCGCUAUAUUCUACAGAUUCCAUUCAACAAUCUGCCUCUUCGAGAUCUGGAAAAACAGCUUCAAAAACAAACCACUAUAUUUAAAUAUAUGACAUCACAAAAUGUUAAAAGAUGU